AUGAGGGUUACCAAAGACACAACGUUGAAAGAAGAUGAGCAGAAUUGGGUGUUAGUUCCUGCCAAGAACGGUCUUCCAGAGUAUUAUGAAUACACGCAGCCUGUUGAAAAAGGUUCCCUGAAUGACCGUGAAUAUCGUAUUAUUCGUUUAAAGAAUCGUCUUGAGGCGACAAUCGUUAGAGACAAGGACGCGGACAUGUCCGGCGCUUGCAUGGAUGUUUCGACCGGAUAUUUCCAUGAUCCGGACAAGAUGCCUGGUAUUGCUCAUUGGUGCGAGCAUUUGAUGUUCAGGGGUACGAAGGAACAUAAAAGCGAAAAUGGGUAUGACAAGUACCUUAGCUUGCACAGCGGCGAAAGUAAUGCACAUACAACUGGUUCCUACGCCGAAUUUCACUUUGAAGUUGACUCGGAUGCACUUAAGGAUGCGGUUGUUCUUUUCUCUGAAUUUUUUCAUUGUCCACUCUUUCACGAGGAUUCAGCACUGCGCGAGGUUGAGGCAGUCGAUUCUGAACACACGGGAGCUCUCCAAGACGAUGGCUGGAGGCUAAAGUAUGUUAACAAUUCUCUUGCACGUCCGGGACAUCCGUUACGAAAGUUCGGCAACGGAAGCAAGGCUACGUUAAUAGGGAAGUAUCUUGUAUCGGAGACACCGCAUUCGCAGCAUAUGUCAGAUAAGGACAGGCACGAUCACAGAUCAUCUAGUAGAGCCUCUCGCACUGAGAGCCAUGGUCAUGGCAGAGCUUCAAGCACGAGCUCUACUCGGAACUCAAGCGCAUCAACACGAACGCAUUCGGAGACGAGGCAUAGGGACGGGAGCACGGGAUCUGCCAAAAGACCGAGUAGAACGAGCUCUCGGAGUAACAGAAAGGGGAUAGAGAAAGAAGAAGCAAAGAACGCUAGGGAGAAAGCGGAGUUGGAAGCAGCGAAGAAGGCAAGGCUGGAGUUGAUAAAAUGGUGGGAAAAGGAGUAUUGUGCUAGUAGGAUGAGCUUGGCAUUAGUUGGGAGAGAAUCUCUCGACGACCUCACUCGCAUGGUUGUGGAGUAUUUCUCGCCCAUCAAAAAUACGGGACAAGACCCUGCUCCAUUUAAGUCUUUGGCGCAACCGUACGGGAAAGAAGAGCUAGAUAAAAUCGUCUAUGUUAAGACAAUCAAAGAAAGAUAUGAAAUCACUAUUUCAUUCCCACUCCCCUGGCAGGGUCCUCUUUGGCGUGAAAGCCCAACAGAUUUCAUUGGCUAUUUACUGAGCCAUGAAGGGCGAGGCUCGCUGCAUGCUUACUUGAAAAAGAAGGGGUGGAUUGAGGGACUAAUCGCGGGACCUAUGGAUCCCGAUCGAGGCAUCAGUGUGUUUGUAAUCAAGUUAGGGCUAACAAAGACUGGAUUCGAGAACCACGAGAAAGUAAUACUAACGUGCUUCAAGUUCAUCAGUCUGUUACGCAAGUCAGAAUUUCCAGAAUGGAUGCACAAAGAGCUGAGGAACAUACAAGAGUUAUCGUUCCGGUUUAAGGAGAAAGGCUUUGCACUUCCUCAUGCAAUGGGUAUUGCUACCGGACCAAUGAAUCUUCCCAUUCCACGUGCCCUUCUCUUGAAUGGCCCCGUCCUAUUAUGGGAAUGGAAUGAGGGGCUUGUAAGGGAUAUACUGAAGGGAUUGGAUAUCGAGAAUUGCUACAUCAUUGUAGCCGCUAAGGAUCAUAAUAACAUUAGUGGAGCGACAUGGCACAAGGAAAAAUGGUACAAAGCAGAGUAUGCCAUGAAGCGGUUCGAAUCCCGAUUUAUAUCCGAGGCUCGCAAGGAAAAUGAUAUUCCUGAACUUGCUUUGCCAGAACGCAACCCAUUCAUUCCAGAGAACUUUGAUGUCGAUAAAGUGCAUGUUACAGAGCCACGGAAACGGCCUGCGCUUAUCGAGCGCACGCCACUCAUGGAAGUAUGGCACAAGAAGGAUGAUCAAUUCUGGGUUCCGAAGGCUAGUGUUAGGAUUGCAGUACGAACACCUGCCGCCACGACAAGCCCUCGCACUUCUGCAUUGACGAAACUGUUCGUUCGACUUGUGAAAGAUGAGCUCACUGAGUAUGCAUACCCUGCUCGUGUGGCAGAAUUAGGAUUCAGUCUAGUCCAUAACAUCCGUGGCUUCGGAAUAACGCUCGGUGGCUACAACGAUAAACUGCAUAUUCUUACGGCAGCAGUCCUCAAAAAGAUUAAACAUCUCGAUGUCCGAGAAGAGAGGUUAACGGUUUUUAUCAACCAAGAAAAACGAGUACUAGAGAAUAUGCGGUUGAGUCAACCAAUUAGUCUAUCCACUCAUUACUUGGGAUACAUUACAGAUGAUCAUGGAUUUAGCACGGAAGAGAAACUGGAGGCGUUGAAAGAUAUUUCUGUUGAUGAACUGUCUCACCACGUGAAGGUAUUGUUAUCCCAGCUGCGACUUGUGAUUCUAGUCACCGGAAAUCUAAAGCGAGAGGAUGCUAUGAGCAUUGCAGCCAAAGUAAAGGAGUCGUUCGGAGCUAGACCAGUCCCUGAGGAUGAGCUCCCUAAGAUACGUACUCGGUUGCUCCCCAAAGGAUGUAACUAUAUCUGGGACCCACCUGUACCUAAUCCGGAUGGGGACGACUCAAGUGUCUCUUACUACUGUCAUAUUGGCAGCAUUUCCAACUCACGCACUCGUGUGACAUGCCUUCUUCUGGCCAAAAUUUUGGACGAGCCAUCAUUUGAUGUCCUUCGAACGCAAGAACAACUCGGAUACAACGUGUUUUCUUCUGCUUUACCUGAAGUCGAGAUGAUUGGCUGGCUAAUAGGUAUACAGUCCGAGAUGGACUCAAGAUAUCUCGAAUCUCGCAUUGAAGCAUUUCUGAGGCAUAUGCGCAAGAUACUCAAGGACAUGCCAGACGAUGAGCUUGAUAAGUACAAAAAGUCGCUCGAGAAGGGAUGGACAGAAAAAAUUAAGACGGUUCCUCAAGAGACAGGAAUUUUCUGGGGUUCGAUACAGGGCGGAUACUAUGAUUUCAGACAAAAUGAGAAAGACGCAAGACUCCUACACGAGAUAUCGAUGAGAGAAGUUCGUACAAUGUUCAAAGAGUGCCUCGAUCCCUCAUCAAAGACACGCUCCAAGCUUUCCAUCCACAUGCGUUCUCAAAAACCGUCUAAGCCUCCUAAAGUUCCGGUUGAACCCAAUGUCAGCAUCCAUGCUGCUCAGGAGUUCAUGGGUUUACUAAAGAAAGAGGGGAUCUGUGUAAACGAAAAUGAGUACAAAUCGAAAUGUGAAGUCGAAUUCACACUGCCUGAAAUGCAAGAAUAUCUAGAGGAGACAUGCCUGAGUGAAUUGCAGAAGAACAAUGACACUAAAGUCCAGGAACUGUUUAGGAGGCUGAAGUCACUUGUGGAGAAGCAUCCUGUAAAGCCUGCUCUGGAAGUUAAACACAUUGAUAAUGGUGCCAAAUUCCGACAGGGUCUUCAGCUUUCUGAUGUUGCAAAGCCAGUGAAGAAGUAUGAAGUAGAGUAG